AUGCACCUCUCUGAUGCCCACGUCGAGGCGCUCAACAUCAGCACCCAUCCACCUUGCCCUAUCGAAGAUCUGGUUCCUUCGAAAGCAGAUGGCACCUCGUACGCACCCUCUGUAGAGCCGGAUCCACCGACAACAAAUGGGUCGUACUCAGAUGCGGUGAAGUCGAACACAGGUACCUCGCCCAAGCCAUCGGAUUACAAGGACAGAAUCCGUGAGCUGGAGCUCGACAACGAUCUCGCUUUCCGCAUUAUAAACCGGACGGUGACCGGACUUGGUAGGCCUCCUCCUCGCCUAGCAUACAUGCGGAAGUUCUGGGAAGGACUGGAAAAUAUGUCUAGAUACUGGGACUGCAGUCUGGACAACUAUUACACGGCAAACUACGAAGAUGACGAGCAGAAGAGUCCGAAACGUCAGAAAGUGGACAGCCAUCCUCCUACCCCUGACAGCAUGGCCGCCACGCCCGGGACAAGCCCUCCUGCGGUAAUAACCCCACAGAAGGGCAAGGCUGAUGAUGAAGGUGCAAAUGAUGCCGCUGGGAACGAAGAUCAAGUGAAAGCCCCUGAGACCGCGACAAAGCGCGAACUCGGAGUGGUAAUAGACAACUUCCUCCAAAGCGUCUCCACCAAGCCCAUCCCCGACGCCCGUCCCCGAAAAAGAUACAAAGGCCGCCGCACUGCGACCGGCAACGACAUGCCCGACAACUUCCGCGCAGACACCGUCAAAGCAUUCGUCGAAGGUGUUGUCUGGCCCUUCCAGAUGACAGUCUUAGCUCCUCGGGUCAUGCCGCGCGUCCACUUCAAUAAGCUCAUUCUUCCAAUCCGGCAGACUGCUGUAGUGCACCGCAUACCUCAGGACAGGACCAGAGCAAGAAGAGGGUUCACAGAAGGUCCAAUCAUUAGUAUCCAGACCCGUCCAGAGACCGAUUUCGUCAAGACCAGCGAAGAAGAACAGCGUCUAACUAGCCGACUGGACCUACUACGUGAGAUCGGCGCACUGCUCCAGCUCGCACAAGAACGCUAUCGAGAAGGCAAGACCGAAGUCAAGCCCGGCGAGGGCCAAUGGUGGACGACCAAACCUCGCUGGGGAGGCGGACUGGGCGGCGAAGCUCAGAUUGAGGUUGGGAACACUGACGUCCUACAAGCCGCGGAGGACCUCCUUGGCUCGUUCAAAGACAGAGCAGGCGCUGGGGUCAACACGGGGCGCAUGCGGAAGACGCCAGCGAUGUUGUGGAAGGAAUUGAAGUGUGGAAAGGGGUUUUGGGACGCGAAGACUGAGUACAAGGCUAUUGGCAAGGAGCCUGGCUCGUUGUGCGAUGAGCUCUUCCUCGUCUCCUCCAUCAACCACCACAUCUCCAUCGUCAAGUUGACCGUCCACUCCGCAUACCUCGACUACCUCGAUGCACCCACCCUUCCCUGCCCGCUUCCUGAAGAUCCCGGAUGGUGCAGACCCAACCUCCAGCGAUCGAAAUGGUACGACCUCUUCUCGAAGGACGACAGGCUGGAAUUGUUCCGCGGCUUAUGGAGCAUCAUGAGUUAUCUCACACGGGAGACUGGGCCAGAGGUACAAUCGAAGUCGAAGUCGGAUGUUCCAGUCAGUGAGAACUGA